GAAGUCCCACCUUCACUAGUUGUGGACUCUCAGGAGGUUAUUUCUGCAUUGGAAGCAUUUCCCAAUGGCUCAAGUCCCGGUUAUUCUCAUCUUCGAGCACAACACUUAAUUGAUGCUAUACGAGGUUGCAAUGUUCCAGAAGCGCAGUCCUGUUUAGAAAACCUAACACGAUUGAUGUGUCUCUUGUUGUCUGGAAAACUUGAUCGCAACAUUUCUCCCUUCCUGUCUGGUGCCCCUUUGACUGCUCUCCAAAAGAAGGCUGGCGGCAUUCGGCCCAUUGCUGUUGGGGAAGUGUUGCGUCGUUUGGCUAGCCGUCUUUGCUGUUCUGCUAUAAAACCUCGCUUACCGGACGUCUUCUUACCAUAUGGUCAGGUAGGUGUUGGAAUACGAGGAGGUUUAGAGGCAAGUGUUCAUUCUCUAAGGUCAUACAUUGAAGAGAACAGUGCUAGACAUGACCUGUGCUGUUUCAAACUGGACAUGAAGAAUGCGUUCAAUGAAUGCCAUCGCAAUUCAUUCCUGAAGAGACUUGGCAGUGAAUUUCCUGAAUUGGUAGCUUGGGUACAGUGGUGCUAUCACUGUGCUGCUGAGUUGCGCUUUGGCUAUCAUCACCUUACAUCUACAGCAGGAGUCCAACAAGGCGAUCCACUGGGACCACUGCUGUUCUCCUUAGUCGUCCUAGAACUAAUGGAUGAAGUUGGAGAAGUGCCUGGCUUAGACCUAAAUUUGUGGUACCUUGACGAUGGUACUUUUGCUGGCACACGGAAAUCUGUCUCAAAGUUAAUAAACUUCAUCAUAGAGAAAGGUCCUUCCCUGGGCCUUCAUGUCAAUUUAUCAAAGUGUGAAGUGUUUUGGCCUUCAGGAGAUCGAACACAUCCAGAAUUUCCACCAGAAGUACACCGGUUGUCAGAUGGAAUGGAAUUGCUUGGUUCUCCUGUGUUUGGUUCAUCGGAUUUCUUCACUAAUUGUUUCAAGAAGCGAGUCGAUCAAGUAGCAAAUACCCAAUCUCAUCUCUCUGAUCUUGAAAAUCCACAAGUGGAACUUCAGUUGUUGAGAAGUUGCCUGUCCAUAUGUAAAAUCAACCAUUUGCUACGAUCUGUGAGACCUGGGGUUGCUACGAGCACAUUGUCUAUUUUCGAUGAAGGGUUACGCCGAUCUCUCAGCCGUAUCACAAGAUCUUCAAUUUCUGACUUUGCAUGGUCACAAGCAGUAUUGCCAAUUGGAAAAGGAGGUAUGGGUAUCCGGGAGGCCUUAUCUACUUCACCUUCCGCUUUUCUUGGCAGCUGUAACUCAAAUCGAAAGUUAGUUAAUUGCUUACUGAAACGUAACCAUCCUUCUCUUCUCACUUUGAUCAAACCCUUGCCUGGAGAAGACGAAGCACGAGGAAUCGUGCAUAACCUACUUUCAAGAAAGGAUUCACCUUCAUUAGAUUUGGUGACAGCUACACAACAUCAGAUUCAAAUUCAACUAGAUGACAUCUCAUUUUCCAACCUACUCAAUUCAGUGAGUCUCAGAGAUAGGGCUCGCUUGAAGACAUUAUCAUCUCCUCAUACUGGUGCAUGGUUGCGGGCAACUCCAAACCGUAACUUAGGCCUCACCAUGUCACCCCAUGAGUUUGUUGUAGCAGCAAGAUACUGGUUGGGUCUACCUGUGUUUCCGUUCCCACCAAACAGCAUCAGAUGUAUAUGUGGUCAUCCACUUGACCCAUAUGGAGAUCAUCUUGUUGGGUGUGGUCAUGGUCCACAUCGUCUGAAUCGACAUAAUGCUUUAUGUGAGUCUAUUUGGCAAUCACUCCUCAUUGAUUCCAAACAAGUUGUGAAAGAACAGAGAAGCUCGGGUCAAUCCAAAUGCCGCCCAGGUGAUGUCUUCCAUCCGAAUUUCUUGAAUGGACGGCCUGGAUAUUUUGACAUCACUGUAAGAAACACGUUGCAACCAUCUUACAUUGCUCGAGUUGCUGAAACAUCAGGAGUUGUUGCAGAAGCAGCAGAAAUGGGCAAGGAUGAUCGUCACCAUGCAAGAGUAUCUUUGACUGGUGGUACAUUUUAUCCGUUGGUAGUUGAAACACUUGGCCUUUGGUCACCAGACAGUCUAGAGACUUUGAAGUCUAUAUCCUCAAAAGUAUGUGCUGUGUUAGCUGUUCCCUUCUGGAAGGCUUUAAAGAAUUUGCUAGAGCAGCUUUCUGUUAGAUUAUGGAUUUAUAACGCUAGAAUGAUAUCUAGCCGCAUACUUGCGGAAGUAGCUGAAGUCCUUAGUUGGGACUUCCCUGUAUGUGAGUAGGUGUGUAAGAAAUAAAUAAAUAUAUAUAUAUAAAAA